CGAUGAUGGAAUAGAGACCAUGGAUAAAAAGUCCCCGUAGCACUUUUCUUUUUCAACUUGAAGCAAAACUAUUCUUGCGGACCUUUACAUAUAUCAUCCCAAGUCCGAGCCAUUGUGUGUGCGUGCUCUUGAUUCACGCGGGAACAAUGGCCAAGGCGAUGCCAGACCAGAAAUCCGGCGAUGCAGCAACGGCGGCAGCGAAUCCGCUCGAGUUUCAUGUGUACGGCCCCCGCAACCUGUCAUCCAUCAGCUGGAAAGAUCUCCUUAGCUCAAGCUGGAAGAACUCCAACUACCGGCGGAUGGUGAUCGCGUGCUUCAUCCAGGGGGCUUACCUGCUGGAGCUGGACCGGCAGGAGAAGCGCGACGAGCGCACCGGCCUCGCGCCGCAGUGGUGGCGCCCGUUCAAGUACAGGCUCGCCCAGGUGCUCGUCGACGAGCGCGACGGCUCCAUCUACGGCGCCGUCCUCGAGUGGGACCACCAGGCCGCGCUGUCCGACUACAUCCCAUUCCGCCCCACCCGUGCGCCGGCAGCCGUCGUGGCGCUGCGCGGUACGCUGCUCCGUGCGCCCACGUUCCGCCGCGACGUGGUGGACGACCUCCGGUUCCUGGCCUGGGACAGCCUCAAGGGCUCCGUCCGCUUCGCCGGCGCGCUGGCGGCGCUGCGGGACGCCGCGCGCAGGUUUGGCGUCGGCAACGUUUGCGUGGGCGGGCACUCGCUGGGAGCCGGGUUCGCGCUGCAGGUGGGCAAGGCGCUGGCCAAGGAGCGCGUCUUCGUGGAGUGCCACGUGUUUAACCCGCCGUCCGUGUCGCUGGCCAUGAGCCUCAGGGGGUUCGUCGAGACGGCCGGCGAGCUGUGGGGCCGUGCGCGCGCGUGGAUCCCAUACGUGGGUUCCCAGCCGGCGGUGGACACGAGCGGCGGCGACGGCCACAGUGAAAGUGAGGCGAGGGCGUCGCUGGCGCAGUCGGGGAUGGGAAGGUGGCUGCCGUACCUGUACAUCAACACGAACGACUACAUCUGCUGCCACUACAGCGACGCAGCGGGCGGGACGGCGACCGUGGCGGUCGACAGCGGGGGCGGGAACGGCGGUGGCAAAGCGGGGGUGGCGACGAUGCUUGUGGUGUCCAAGGGGCCGAGCAAAUUCCUGGCAGCGCACGGGCUGGAGCAGUGGUGGGCCGACGAUGUCGAGCUGCAGGUGGCACUCAACCACAGCAAGCUCAUCGACCGCCAGCUCAGGUCGCUCUACGCAGCGCCGCCUGCCGCACUGCGUGCCCGGAGUUAGGCUUGUGCCGUCGUUUUACCCGGGAGCAACAAAAUACUUCAGAUUCCAUUUAAAAAUGCAAAUGUCCGGGUAUUUGAGCGUGGAGAAUUUUUAAUGAAAAGAUUCACAGUUUUGUGAUAGAACGAAUGCAAAAUUAGUCCCAUGUCAAAAACGCUCUUAUCUCUUAUUAUGAGAGGGUGAGAGUGUAAAAAAUAUUUUUAUAUAAUGGAGCGGAGGGAGUAGGUAUCUACUUUUCGCAAAGAAAAACUAAGUUUCUACGAUACACCCUUUGAGGUCAACCUGGGAUCGGCGUGAGUUGAUACGGGUUUAGUGGUGUGGAUUUUAUUUUUGAUGUCAGUGGAUAGGCUUAAUCGGUUUAAUGAUGGAAAACGGUGUGGUCUGGGGCGGGUUGACCAAUUUUCGGCUUAGAGACGCCGUGGUUUCAACCUGCAAAAUUGAAAUGACUCAAGAGCAAUAAUGCUACACUUAAAGCAUCUUCAACAGACGCGCUAAAUAAGCGUCGCGCUAAAAAAUUAAUCUUUUUACGCGCGCUACCGCUCCGGGCGCCCCAGCGGAGGCACAAAAACCGCGCGCGGCAUAACCAGCUCAGCGCGCGGGCGAAAACACCAUCACGCGCCGUUUAUUUGCUGCGCCCGCUCCCGCAUGCUGCACAC